AUAUAAUCACGUGGAAAAUUGUUUAUUCAUAUAAAAGACAACUAGUAAUCACAUUAUUCCAUGAAUUGUGUGUAUAAUUAUUGUACAUGCAAGUUGAUCUUUUCUUGCUUUGGAUAUAAUAAUGAUUCCAUUAGCUCAAACUCCAGAAAGUCAAAAACCAAUUUCCCCCCCUCAAAUUCCUCAUCUCAAAAUGGGAUUUUCUUUGCAAAAAAGUGUAUCAUUUUUCCUAGUUUGCUUCCUAUGCUUUAUCCAAUUUUCUCCCAUUUCUUGCAAGCAGAAAGUGACCUUGGCUUUAUAUUAUGAAAGCCUCUGUCCUGGCUGUUCUAAUUUCAUUGUUAAUUAUUUACCUAAGAUUUUCAAGAAUGGGAUAAUUGAUAUUGUUGAUCUUAAACUUGUUCCAUGGGGCAAUACAAAGAUUCAAGCCAAUAACACCUUCAAAUGCCAGCAUGGUCCAGCUGAAUGUUUACUGGACACUGUAGAGGCUUGUGCUAUUGAUGCCUGGCCAGAUUUGAAUGAACACUUUCCUUUCAUUUACUGUGUGGAAAGUUUGAUCUACAAUGAGAAUUAUACCCAAUGGGAAACAUGUUUCGAAAAACUGAAUUUGAAGGCAAAGCUCGUUACUGAUUGUGUUUGCAGUGAGAGAGGGAAAGAGCUUGAACUACGUUACGCGGCUGAGACAAGUGCCCUUCAACCUCCACAUAAAUAUGUGCCAUGGGUUGUUGUUGAUGGCCAACCACUUUAUGAUGACUACACGAACUUCAUAAGCUACAUAUGCAAAGCUUACAAAGGAACUGCUCCAAUCCCUGGUUGCAGCUCAUCUACCAGUGUCAUUAAAAUGGGAAGGAAAUUUAAUCCUUUCUGUUUAAAGCAGUCAGCAAUAUCCGAGUCAUCCACUAUAAGUUCAACUAUCACAUCACGGGCAAGCCGUGCUAAGCUGGCUGCAUCUGUAUCUGCAUAAUAUAGAGCUCCUUGAUGCUGGUUCUUUUUAUGAAAUGAUGAGUUGGUGCAUGUAUCUGUAAAAUAUUUAUCAUAUUUGGAUGAUAAUGAAGGUGUUCAGUUCUCUAAUCAGCUGUUUAUAGGAAAUGUUGUAAAUUGUAAUAUUAUGAGAAUCUGAUAUAAGUGGGAUGUGGGAAUAGAAAGUAUAUGGAUAUUUGUAAGUUGUCUACAUGAAAGCAGCCAAGUCUUGAGACUGCAUUUUAGCAACUAUAUAGAAGAAUUCAAGAUCUAAA